UUCGCAGCAAGGGCAACCCACCUGGACAGUCUCCAUCUGUUUGCUGGGAUAUCUGUUAAUAAUGAUUAACUCCGCGGCCACAUUAUGAGCUCUCGGAACUUAACCGGGAUCUAAGAGUCCCUGAACGUGCACGUGGUGGGUUUUACGGGGAGACCGCUGAAUAGAUAUACAUAUAAAAGCGAUCAUACUCUGAUCAUUGUCCUCUGUAUCAGUGACCAACUCUCCUCCGCUGACAGACGCCAAGAUGAGAGCUUCCAUCGCGAACAUCCUCGCCACGGCGAGCUUGGCCUUGGCUGCCACCAGCACUGUCGAGGAGCCGACCCUGCAGGAGAUUGAAGCUGCUGCUGCCACUACGCUCCCACUGAGCCCUGUCUCGAACGUCAAGGGUGUCGCCUUCAACAAGUUCUACCAGAUCUGGCUGGAGAACAUUGACUACUCCGCCGCAGCUGGUGAUCCCAACCAGCAAUGGCUCGCCAAACAGGGCAUCACAUUGACCAACUACUGGGCCGUUACUCAUCCGUCCGAGCCGAACUACUGUGCUUCAGCCGGUGGUGACACCUUUGGCAUGGACAACGACAACUUCAACCAGGUGCCCGCCAAUAUCUCCUCCAUCGCGGAUCUGUUCGAUACCAAGAAGAUUGCCUGGGGAGAAUACCAAGAGCACAUGCCCUACCCCGGUUUCCAAGGGUUCAACUACUCCAACCAAGUCACCAUGGCCGGAGAUUACGUGCGGAAGCAUAACCCGCUGAUCCUCUACGACUCGGUCACCCAAGACAACAACCGACUCCGUCAGAUCAAGAACUUCACCAACUUCUACGAAGAUCUCGAGCAUGAGAAGCUUCCGCAGUACGCGUUCAUCACCAGUAACCUUACUAACGACGCGCACGACACCACCAUCACCUUCGGUUCCAAGUGGGAACGCGGUUUCGUCCAGCCUCUCCUGGAAAACGAAUACUUCAUGAAGGACACUCUGCUCCUGCUCACCUUUGACGAAACCCACCUCUACCCGACUGGAAACAGGGUCUUCAGCAUCCUCCUCGGCGGUGCCAUCCCCGAGGAACUCAAGGGAACCGAGGACAACACAUUCUACACUCACUACUCCACCAUCGCCUCCCUAUCUGCCAACUGGGGUCUCCCCUCCCUCGGCCGCUGGGACUGCGGAGCCAACAUUUUCGAGAUCGUCGCCAACAAGACCGGCUACGUCAACUACGAAGUCGACACGACCAACUUAUACCUUAACCAGACCCUCCCCGGUCCCUUCUCAACCAACACUUACUCCACGUACACCCCCGACUGGCCCGUCCCCGCCACUUCUGGCCAAUGCUCUGCCGGACACGGCAUUCUGGAACAGGUCAAGAAGACCUGGGGUCAUCUGGAACCGACUUACAACUACACUAGCCCGUUCCCCUAUGACACCAAGACCGGCUAUAAUGUCGAUGUGACUGCUACGAGAAAAGUGGGUUCAUCUUCAUGUCUUCGGCUGAAUAGCAAAUGAUAUAUGGGUCAUUAUUGAUAU